AUGGCCGUUCUCAAACAACCUCCUCCAUCCAAAAAACCAGCUCCACGCAAGCCGACAUUGAUCCUCAACAGUCCUCAAAUGGUCGCAGAGCACACUCCGUGUACGAUGCACCUAUCCGUUCUUCCUUUACAGUUGGCCUCAAAGUUGUUCUACUCCUUGGAGCAAUCUUCUAGAGAUUGGCAAAGGAAUAAGUGGUGGCUCUUUGAUAGGUUAGUCGAAAGUCCUCAUAGAACCGCUUUCUUCGUGAGGAAGACGGAUGGGGUGAGCGAUGAUGAAACUUGGCAUGAAUCAGCUCAAUACUGGUACAACGGUCGCAAAACUGACCCGCCUGAUAUCUUCUCCUCUGAAAUGGAAGAAGCUUGUGAAAUCAUUGAGCGUCUAGUCACAGAGGAGAUCCGUCGACGACCCUAUCGAUAUCCGUUAGAAUGGGCUGGCGGAGACGUAAACUCUACCAAUGACUUGAUAUGGCGAGCAAACGUAGCCGCUUCAAAUAGAUACGAGGGCAGAAAUGAAAGCGUUGGAUGGCAUUCUGACCAUAUGACUUAUCUGGGACCUCAUUGCACAAUUGGAACACGAAGGAUGUUCAGUCUGAGGGAGACAGUUCCUUUGCACGAGACGGAGAUCCGAGGUGCCCAAACUUUCAAUAUACCUCUCCCGCACAAUUCUCUAGUGAUCAUGCAUGCGUCAUGCCAAGAACGAUUCAAACACUCUGUUCCACCUCAGUCCGCCAUGGAUGUAUAUCGUCCAACGCAUCCACGCAUUCCUGGUGGUCCCAUCGAGCCUUUCAAUUGCCGCAUUAAUAUUACAUUUCGCUUCUAUAGACCCGAUUUCAAACCGCCCAGCAUACCGCUAUGUAAAUGCGGAAUUCCCACUGUAUUACGUCCAGACAUGAAGAACCAGCGUGAUGGACAAGAAGGCAAAUAUUGGUGGACAUGUUUUGCAGGAGCACAGAAUGAUGGAAAAAGCUGCGGUAUGUGGAAAGUCAUGGAUAUGGAAGCGGAAGGUAGAGGGCCCACUGUCGGGAAUAUGCAGAAGACAGAGGCGUCGAGCAGUAGAGAAUAA